GAAAGGCCAAAGCGCCUCCCCGUGCCCGCGUUUUCGCGGGCCGCAGCAAGAAAGCCGAGCCCAGCAUGAACUCCUCGCAGAGGAUGAACCUGACGGCAUCCUUGGGUGCGAGCGCGCGGCUAGAGAUGAAGAGGUACACGCAUCAGGACGAUUUUGAUGGUCCAGACCUGCAGAAGGAAGGCCAAGUGACAGGGCAAGAGGCGGAAGACGGGGAGGAACCUGACGAAGGUAGCGAAGCUGAAGACGAAGCGGAGAACGAAGAGCCGGAGCAGGAUGAGGAAGCGAGCAACGAAGAGGAAGAGGAAGAAGAAAACGAGGAUGAGAACGAGGAUGAAGAAGAUGAGGAGCCAGAUGACGAUGAAGCAGACGGACAGGAGGAUGAAGCGGACGAUGGGAGAGCAAAUGAAGAGGAUGAGGCAACGCAGCUGGUGGCUGCAAUCAGCGCUAGCGAAGCUGAAGGGAAGACUGACCUGGAGGCUACUCUGCAACCUGGCAGCCUACCGGAUCCGGAGGAGGAAUCGCCACAGGAUCCUCAAAGUGAGGAUCCGAAGGAGCACGCGCAACCGGUUGAGGCAGCGGCGGAGCCUACGAGCAAAGAUGUGACGCCGGUCCCGGCAGCGGCGCCAACAGAAGCGGCCAAAGCAGAGGCACCAGUGUCGCAAGCAGUCUCCACCGAGGCCGCAGCUGCGCAAGGUUCUUCAGCUGCUCCGGCGCAGCCGGCAGCUCCCAAAAAAGGAGCCAAGGCUAAGAAGAAGCCGAAGGCAAAGCCAAAGAAAGAGGUAGCGCCAAAGAAAACGCAGCACACCCAGAGCAAGGUGGACGUAGUCAAGGUUGACUCACAACGGCCUUCAGUGUCUGGUCCUGUGGUGUCUGAGCCUGCAAGCACCAAGAGCCAGAUCACUCCUUCCAAGACUGCCAAGAAGGGCCUGGAGGAGGACGGCUUCCGAUGUGUGCAAACCCUGGAGAUGGGCUUGGCAGUCAGAAACGCCAUCUGCAUUGGCAUGGAAGUGUGGACUGUCGAUUGGGCAGGAAAUGUUACCGUCCGGGAGCGAGACGACGCAACGAAGGUGAGAAGCGAAAUUCCCACAAACCGGUUCGUAUGGAGCAUGCUUCACAUGGAGCCGCACCUCAUGUGGAUGGGCCAGGAAGCAAUGGGCAUCUCCUUGUUCGAUACGAAGCGCAAGGAGUUCAAAGGGUCCCUCAUGGGCGGCCACACAGGAGGGGUAACCUGCUUAGCUUCGGGCGACGCCCUGGAUUCUUCUGAGCUGAAGGAGGGCCACAUCCCGCGGAGAAGGGCUUGGAGUGGCAGCAACGACUUCACCAUCCGGCAGUGGUCGAUCGAAACCUGGCACGCCAAAGAUGAAGCCCCUCAGGUUAAGGAUGCAUUUGUCCUUGAGCUUGGCAAGUUUAAAGUGGCGAUCUCCAAGGGCCUGCAGAUGCACGGACACAAGAACGGCGUGCGAUGCCUGAUCCGCAUCGGUCCGACCUUGUGGUCAGGGUCCGACGAUGGAACCAUCCGCUUGUGGUGCACCGCCACAGGCAACUGCAAUGAGGUUGUGGAGAAGGCGCACGUGGGCUCCGUGCUGAAGCUUUCCGUUGUGAGGUCCUUUAUUUGGUCCUCGGGCAUCGAUGGCUUCAUCCGCGAGUGGACAAUUGGUGGCUCGCAACGCCAGUGCGUCAGGCAAGUAGCGCCGGAGGGUUAUGACAAAGGGGCCUAUGCGAUUGUGCCGUUGGGCUACGAUGUCUGGACAUGCGGGCACCAUCCGAAUAUCCAGGUGUUCUCCCAGUCCGAUUUCUUCAAAACUGCAGAACAUCCAGCUCACGAGCCCUACGUCUCCAACCUGCUCACAGUAGACAGGAUAGAGACGAAGAUUGUUUGGUCCACCUCUAUCGGCGACAAGAAGCUGAAAGUCUGGCGGCACACCAUCCGCGGGGAAGUGCCUUCCAUAGAUGAGCUCAAAGCUGCGAAUCGCCUCUUUGAAGAAGAGGAGGAGGUUCGCGCACAGAGGCUUGAUGAGUUUGUCAAGCGAGCGUCCAAGUUGGAGGACGAGCUAUCAGUCUCUGCUGAGGAGUACAAGGCCCAGCUAGAGGCCCUGGCUACCGACCUUUCAAAGGCAAAGGCGGAAGGCGAAGAACUGGAGGAGCUGGACGGAAUCCGCCAGCUGUUCGAGGAGAUGGGACUAGGCAAGCUGAUGGAUGAUCCUGAGGCUCUGGCCAAGUUCCUUAAGCGUGCCCAGUCCAUCGAGAAGAUCUUCAAAGACCUGGGACUGGAGCACUUCCUGGACAACCCAGAGGCUCUUCGAAAAGUUCUGGAGGCCUUUGCGGAUUUGGGUCUCGAAAACCUGCUGAAGAAUCCAGAGGAGCUAAAGAACUUCCUCCGAUCUGCCAAGCAGCUGCGCGACAUGCUGGAGGCAGCUGGAUUCGGUGAUGUAUUCGGUGACCCAUCCAAGCUGGAGGAGCUGAAGCAAAGUUUGGACUUGCUUCGCAGGGUUCGAGACCUCUUCGAGAAGUACGGCUUGGGUGAUGCCUUCAAGGACCCGGCUUUGCUUGAGGAGAUUCUUUCCCGCUACGAGGCUGCCGUGUUUGCUGUCUAG